GAUCGUCAUCAUCAGCCGGUUGACUCUGCAGGUGUGCCCGGUUGCUAAGCACCGCACAGGGAACGGAGUAAAAAAGAUCUCUCGGAUAUUAACUUUCUCAGUUAACAGUUUCUCAGUUUACAAAGUAGGCUAAUGUUACACAUUUAAAUAAAUUUGUUAGCAACAGUUCCUCUAACGUUAAAACAGAGUCUUUGAGAUAGAGAGAAAGUUUUGCACAAAUCAUAGACCGUGGUUUGGACGUCCAUUUUCUUCGGAAAUGGAUCGACGCAAGUAUCGAGUAAGACUCCGUCGUGACAGUAGGUUAACGCUACCUAACAAAGGAGAUACACCAGUGAAACCACCACUGAGCAGACGAAACCAGUACAGGAGACUUCUGCCCACCAAACAUUAUGAAGCAUUACCAGAGGAACCUGAGGUGGAGGAGAUGACUGUCCCUAAAGUCAGUCCAACCCCCACAGCGUUAGCUUAUCCUUUACACACACAGACAUGCUUUACGCCUGUCCACUGCAAAUCGGUGUUAUGCUUGAGCAGCCCUGCAUUUACUGAAAACCCCAGUGACAACGCUGUCUUGCCUGCCAUGCCAGCCAGUAGAAAAUCUGGCUACCCAACCAAGCCAGAUGCUAUCAACGGUGGUGAAAUGCCAGUUAAAGAGCAAAACAUGACUCUGGAAAGCAUCACAUCUUCUAGCAUGGAGUCAGACACAACUUUCAGCUCUGAUGAUGAUGAUGAUGAUGAUGAUGAUGAUGAUGAUGAUGAUGAUGAUGAUGAAAAAAACUGUCACUCUACUACCUCUACAACUUCCAGCAGCUUUCCCUCUCCAGAGAUCUUCAGAAGAGAGAGCUAUGUGGAAAAAUUGACUUCUUUGCCCAUUAAGGAGGAGCUGCUGGGUCUCCAUCGUCACAUAAAAAACUCCACCUUGCUGGAUGUGAGCCAUGCUGAGAGCAUCCACAUGUAUCACCCCCCUGACCUCUCCAACAUCAUCGAUGCCUCUGUGGUUCUUGCUGGAAAGAACUGUAUGAUCAACCAACACAGAGGACCUGAAGCGGUUACCAAAAUAAAUACAGACUCAGAGAAGGCAUUUAAAUGGAAAACCCCACCAAAACUUACCAACAGAAGGCCUCUUUUGUACAAGAAGAAGGUAUGCUUCAAAAGCCCCAUCAUUGCUGAGAACUUAAAAGCAAAACACACCCCAGGCACCAAAUUAACCGGCCCGGCUGAGCAGAUACAGUCAGACACAGACACAGUCAGAGCAGGAGAGAUCCAUUCUAAACAAGAAGCAUCACAACUAACUGUACAAAGUAGCCUGGACAAAGCCAAGAUCUUUGACUUUAUCGACAACAGUCACAGAGAUGCAUUCUUUAAGAGGAUGAGAGAAAGGUGUGAGAAACUCGAAAGUGCUCCUUUGUUUCCUCUCACAGCUCCCAAAGAUACAGAACCUUCUACCCUGUGACAUCUGAAGCCAAAAUAUUAUAUGUAAAGAUUAAGGGAAUCAUCUUAUGAAAUAUCCUGUAAAAUAGUGGUCUGUGUGUACCUCAAAACAAGACGUAAAGACUCAGUGUAACAAGUGUAUGAGCCCGUCUAGAUGUCUUAAAUGAAAAAUGAAGUGUGAUGUACAGUUUUAUCAGUAUUUAAAUGUUAUAUUAAAGAGAAUAAUUCAAAGGGAUGCCACACCCUGCCAUGUAUAUAGGUGUCUGCACACCAUAGACUGUGCCGACAUAGUUUAACUUUCAACUUUCAUUGCUUCACAACCUGGUCCUUAUUUUUAUUACUGAGCGGACUGGACAAACUGUGGCACAAACACCACAUGAAAAUGCACUUGUAAUAGACACUGUAAGCAUUCACACCGGCCCUGGAUUUCAUGUUAAACAACAAGUGUCUGGUACAUAAUGACCACUAGAUGUCAGCCCUGUUUUUUUUUUAAAUGGUCAUCUUUUCUCUUCUCCUGGGAGUUUUUCCAAUGUUACAUGAGAAAUAUGUAUGUUGUUUGUUGUUGUAUCUGUAUUUCUAAUUACUCUCUGCCAUAUAUGUCUAAUCUAAAUGUUGAAUGUAAACUAAAAGUUAAAAUGUACAUUUAUUUUACUUUGUGAUUUGUGAGUUAUCAUGUAUUUAUGCA